AUGGAUAAAAUUAUUUGUUUAUUUUUAUUAUUAAUUACGAUUUCAAAUACGAAACAAUUCGAUCUAGAAACAUGUCGAUAUCCAUUGGGUAUUGAAACCGGAAAAAUAUUAGAUUCAGCUUUUUCAUCAAGUAGUCAUGCUCGAGAAAGUACAAUAGCAUCUAAAGCAAGAAUUCGAAGUGAAACAGAUGGAUGGUGUCCAUUAAAUCAAAUAUCAUCAACAACAUAUGAAUAUAUACAAAUUGAUUUAGUUAAUUUAACUGUUAUUACACUUAUUGAACUUCAAGGAAAAUUUAGUUUAAAACCAAAUGAACAAUUUGCUGAUUCAUUUCGCAUUGAAUACAAACGAGAAAACGAACAAAAAUGGAUUAAAUAUAAAUAUUUCUCUGGACAAUAUAUUUUAAGUGGAAAUUCAAAUAGUUAUAUACCAACAAUGCGUGAUUUACUUCCAUCAAUUAUUGCACGACAAAUUCGUAUUAUACCAAUUGUUACUGGACCCUUAUCAAAAUAUAUUUGUAUGCGUUUGGAACUCUAUGGUUGUUCUUAUGAAGAUGGAUUGAUAUCUUAUUCAAUGCCGCAAGGUGAUAAACGUGGUUAUGAUGUACAAUUUUUUGAUGAAACAUAUGAUGGACAAAAUGAAAAUGGAACAUUGAAAGAUGGUCUUGGUCAAUUAACUGAUGGAAUUUUAGCUCAUGAUGAUUAUCGUUUAAUGGAUAACGUUCAAGGUAUAAGUCAAAUUGGUUAUGAUUGGAUUGGUUGGAAAAGAAAAUCAUCGUUAACAUCAUAUGUAAAUCUUGUUUUUAAUUUUGAUACUAUUCGAAAUUUUACAUCAAUUCGUAUUCAUACAUCUAAUUUAUUUACACGUGAUAUAUAUUUAUUUCAUUCAAUAACAAUCAAAAAUUGCGAUCAUAGAAAUACUAAAAAUAAUCAUCAAAUAUUUUUGAUGAUAUCAAAUGAUCAUAUGAAUACUAGUGCAAGAUUUAUUUAUAUUUCUUUUAUUGAUAAAAAAACUUUUCUUAUAAGUAAUUGUUUAAAUGUAAUAUUAACAUUUAAUAAUAGAAGUAAAUGGAUAUUAAUUAGUGAAGUUAAAUUUGAUUCUAUCCCAAUAAAUAUCAAUACUCCAAAAGUAAUAACAAUAACAGAAAUUAAUAAUCAUCUACCAACUUUAAUAGAUAAUGAUGUUUCAAAUGUUCAUUAUUGGUUUUGGUUAAUAUUUGCAUUAAGUUUUGUCAUUCUUUUCAUAGUUUCAUUAAUAUAUACCUAUAUUCGUUGGACUCAAACAUAUGAACAACAAACCAAAUUUCGCAAUGUAACAAAUCAUUUGAAAUUCGGUUCAACUUAUCGAACGAUUCCACGAAUGGGUUCUUGUAUUAAUAAUAGAAAUACUUCAUGUAUAUCAUCAAUGUCAGAUAAUGAUAUUCGUCAUCAUUUAAUUAUUUCAACAACGAAUUCAUCGAGAAGUACAAAUAAUUCAGAUUUUAGUCCAGCAACAAUGUCAACUAUUUAUCAAUCAAAUACUAUUGAUCCAUACUUAACUGCUGUAUCAAAUGAGACACCGACUUUGACGACAAAUCCCUACUCUUCGAUUGAUAUAUACACCAGUUCCGUAUCUGAUACAUUACCAAUCAGUAUAGAGAAUACAAUAAAAAAUAUUCAAGGUCCAUGUGGUAAUAGUACAUAUGAAUCUUUGCUUUCAUUAAAUGAUUCUCAAUCGACAAUGUUUGUACCACGUGUAAAUAAUAAAGAACUAAUUGUUGAACAACCUUAUUCAACAAUAAAUGGAUGUUUUGGAACGAUUUUUCAAGGUUAUCUUUAUCUUCAUCAUUCAAAUGAUAAUCUUAAACGAAUUCUUAUUAAAAUUUUAACAACUAAUGAUAUAAAUCAAAAAGAAUUAUUUGAUAAAGAACAUUUAUUACUUAAUGAUCUUAAUCAUCCAAAUUUAGUUCAAUUUUAUGGUUAUACAAUUGAACAAAAUUAUGCUCUUGUUGAACAUAGUGAUUUAAAUGAUCUUUAUACAUAUUUAUUAACAUCAACAAAUAUUUCAAAAAAUAUUCGUCUUCAUUUUAUGACUCAAUUAUCAAAUGCUCUUUUUUAUCUUGAAUCUCGUCAUAUAAUACAUCGUGAUAUAGCUGCACGAAAUUGUUUAAUUUUUCCAAAUUAUAAAAUUAAAUUAACAAAUUCAGCUGUGGCAUCUGAACAAUUUCAAUUACAUUAUUAUAAAAUUAAUCAUAUUCAAUUACCUAUUCGAUGGAUGGCACCUGAAUGUAUUUCAAAUAAUGAUUUUACAUCUCAAUCGGAUGUAUGGUCGUUUGGUAUAACACUUUGGGAAGUAAUGACAAAUUGUAUAACAUUACCUUAUGGUUUAUUAAAUGAUGAACAAGUUUAUCAAAGAUUAAAAUUAGCUAAAGAUUUACAUUUAUCUAAACCAGAAUGUUUAAGUAAAGAAUUGAUUGAUUUAAUGCUUGAAUGUUGGCGUCCUUAUAAUGAACGACCAAAAUUUCAAGAAAUCUAUACCUUUUUAAAUAAACGUCUUUAUGGUCUGCGUAUUGUUUGA